AUGCCAAUAAUGGAUUUACAAAAAAGUAGUCAUAUGAUUAAGCAAAACAAUGAUACUGUUAACCCAGCAUCGACCGCAGCAUCAGGAAUUUUAUGUCCUACGACGCCAGUUUCUUUUACAACAACUGUAAAUUCAAGUGCAUCAACGACAGUAUCCACUGUUACUGGCUCAACCACUUCGUUUGUUACCAUCACAGGUCAACCAAUACCCAGUGUAAUUACGACCACGCUUCCUGCCAUAGAAUUUAAUCAACCUUUAAGAGCACGUAAUGAAACAAUACCAUAUCAAGCUUAUAAAGUUGCAUCAGAUUUUAAAAGUAUCACUUCUAAACGAGGAUUUUCUAAUUGUGGUGGUAUUGUUGAUAUCGAUGAUUUCCUUGCAUUAGAAUUUAAUCGUAUUCCCUGCUUUGGAGCAAAGAACGCAAGUCCUUGUACUUCAGAUAAUGUAAUUGAAUCUGGCGACACAUUUGAUGAAUCUAUAGCAAAAAAAGUUGGGGGAUUUCUAAUUAAAUAUGGAUAUUUUUCUUUAAUUGAAUCCCUUGGUGGUUAUGCAAUUUUGACAGUUCAAACUGGUGAUAAUGAUCCGUACCUUGCCUGCGCAAUGGCAAAGGUUGCUGACGAUGAUACUAUGGCUGAUUCUCUUGUUUCUCCAAGUGCUGAAACCGCUUAUACCGCUACUUCAGCGGCAGUGGGUGUAGUAUGUUUGGCCCUUGCUGCUGGUGGAGUCGUCACUGUUGCCACAGUAGGGACUGAUGCACCUCCUGAUAAUGCUUAUGAUGGGUGUGAUGGUGGUGGUGUUAAUGGUGUCAAUACAUAUCAAGGAGGAGGUGAUGGUGGUGGUGUCAAUGGUGUCAAUACAUUUCAAGAAGGAGGAGUUGAUGGUGGUGGUGUCAAUGGUGUCAAUACAAUUAAAGGAGAACAAUUCAAUAUACCUCAAGAAGAUGUACCGGGCAUAGGUGAUCAUCCGGCAACCGAAACUCCAUCACACAUACAAUACCCAUCGUUUUAUGACUUUAUAUUUUAUACCCAAUCGAUCAUUGCUACUGGAUGGCUCACGUUAAAUUUAACUUCUGAAUAUCGGAAAUUCACAUCAACGUUCUCAUGGGCAAUUGCACAGGGAUUUAUAAAUCUUAAUAUACUCGUUUCUGCCGCAAAUAAUUUACGUUACAACAUUUGUGGUACAAUUCUCAGUACGAACACGCAUGCAACAUCAGCUCCAGGAACUUGUGUGGACAGUGAAAAUGGAUACACAUUACCACCAGUAGGGUCAAAUUCUAGUCUUACAUUUAGUACUAAUACUAGUCCUCCUACAAGUAUGGCACAAACUGUCAAAAAUCCGUAUGGAUUUGAUUCAUACGCUCAUAUAAUUGGUAUUCCUGUGGAAGACCUUCCUUUUGUGUCAAUAAUUGGAUUCUUAGUUGUUACGG